CUCUCUCUUCUCUGAGCAUAUUGUAUGGUCGGUUUUUCUUCGUUUCACGUCUUCACUCCGACGUUCUUGUUUUCGUUUCGAAAAAUUUGUUCUUCAUUCUAUGCUCCUAUUCGUGAUCACCUUUUUUGGGGUAUGUUCUUUCCUUCGCUCUUCUUUUCUUCUUUCUUUUGUCCGCUUCUUGACUGCUCCUUUCGUUGAAAGCAACAUUAUUCAGACUUGCCCGGAAAUUUCGUAUGCAAUUUUUCUCGAUUUGCUACUGUUUUCUGCCUCACCAGUCAUCAUGAUUGCUGCCAUUGAACCCCUCCUCCUAACGACAGAACGGUUUUUCUGUCAUGCUAUACUCUUUGCUUGACUUAUUUUGCGCGUACCACGCACGCACUCAUAUUGCCUGGCUUUCGAAAACCAUUCCACAUCACUACAGCACGCAACUCUCCUUA